AUGUCGGUACCUGUGCAGCAGGAGCUUGAUGCCAUUGUUGGUGAGGGUCUGCCCACCCUGUCCCACCGUUCCCAGCUGCCCUACGUGAACGCCUGUCUACUGGAGGUUAUGAGGAUCCGACCGCUUCUGCCCGUCGCCCUUCCACACGCCACCACACAGGACGUUAAAGUGUGUGGUUAUAACAUUCCCAAAGACACGCAGGUGCUUGUGAACCUGCACUCCAUCCAUAAAGACCCCGCCUACUGGCCUGAUCCGGACGGGUUCGACCCCGGAAGGUUUCUGGACGCGGAAGGGAACGUCAUCAACAAGCCUGAGUCUUUCCUGCCGUUUUCAGCUGGGCGACGCGUGUGUCCCGGAGAGCAGCUGGCCGGCAUGGAGCUUUUCCUGUUCUUCUCGACCCUGCUGCAGUCCUUCACCUUUUCGCCGCCAGAGGGCGCUCCUGCUCCACUCUCUGACGGCGUUUUUGGCCUGACGCUGACCUCACCUCCGUUUGAGCUCUGUGCGAUCCCGCGUUAGUUCAUCCGCUAAAUAUCUGUAUCUAGUCUCUACCAGGCUUC